AGGAAGACCAUCUCUCUCCCAGGCUGCAUCACCCAAACAUACUUCUUUUUUUUUCUGGGGACAGUGGAGUUUAUCCUCCUGGUGGUGAUGUCCUUUGACCGCUACGUGGCCAUCUGUAACCCCCUGCGCUACACCGUCAUCAUGAACAGCAGGGUCUGUCUCCUGCUGCUUCUGGGCUGCUGGGUGGGGGCCUUUUUUUCAGUGCUCUGCCCAGUUAUUGUGCUGUCCAGGUUGCCUUUCUGCUCUAAGGAGAUUCAUCACUUCUUCUGUGACAUUGCCCCUCUGCAGCAGGCGGCCUGCAUAGACACUCACCUCCUUGAGAUGAUAAGCUUCCUCUUAUCUUCCCUCAUCCUCCUGACCUCGCUGGUGUUCACCACCGUGUCCUACACCUACAUCAUUUCUACCAUCCUGCGUAUCCCCUCUGCCCAAGGACGUCAGAAAGCCUUUUCCACCUGCGCCUCUCACAUCACCGUCGUCUUCAUUGCCUACGGGAGCAACAUCUUCAUGUACGUGAGGCCCAGCCAGACUCACUCCCUGGAAUUUGACAAAGUGACAGCAGUCCUCACCAUAAUGGGGACCCCUCUUCUGAACCCCUUCAUUUAUAGUCUAAGGAAUGAAAAAGUAAAGGAAGUUCUGAGAGAUGAAGUGAACAAAAUUAUGUCCUUAUUGCACAGAAAACCUUGAAGGUUUAUUUCCCAGGAAACCUUGA